AUGACAGCAGACCCAUGGAUCAGACCUAGCGAAACCACUAGGCGUACUAUUGGACCUCUGGACAAGCGCAAAACUACAACCCGCUGUCAGCUUUGUGCCAACCGACGGGUAAAGUGUGAUGGGAGAAGCCCAUGCGAAAGAUGCGUCCGCACGAAGAAAACCUGUGUGCCGCAGUAUCAACAGCAGCCAGGAAUAAAAUUCAUCCACGUUUCGGGACAUGCGUUGUCUUCUACAAUUCCCAUGCAAGUUCGAAAGCAUGAUGACGCUAUAUAUCUGGAACAUUUCGCUUCUUUCAUUCAGCGCUGCCAUUUCAGUGAAGAAUUUGCUGCCACAAAUACAGAUAUAGUCACUAUCAUUGGGAAAUAUCCUCUAAUUUUGCAGAUUUCUAUCGCAAUUGGAGCUUUGGAUGCCAGUAGAAAAGGCUCUUCUAGAUCCUUUGGCGCGCUUCAGUCUCCUCAAUAUGUUGCGUUUCGGGCUUGCGGUAGAUCAUUGCAAGACCUGCAUUCGGCAGUCUCGACGGCAAACCCAGUCUUUCGAGAUGAUGUGCUUUGGAGCACAUUUCUGCAUGGCAUUUUUGAGUUGAUGGCUGAAGAUUCCGGAAAUUCAUUCGCAAAGCAUAUGGCUUUUGGUACAUCUAAAUUACUGCUCCUGUUGGAAACGAGAAAACCGCUUCCGUUACCCACGGAAAGCUUGAUUGAUGCUUUUUGGAUACUGGAGACCAACAGAGCCAUUCUUUAUGGUGACAUGGGUUUCAACGCGGAAAAGCUGGCCAAAUCCCAUGAGGGAAAUUCUCAUGCUCAUGAUAAAAACAUCCACAUUUGCAAAAAGGCAAGUCAACCUUGGAAGCUCUUUGACGAGAUUGAAAGUAUCCCUCAAAUGUUAAGACCGUUUGAUCCCAGGGUGCAUCGUAUUGCAAUAAAGGGACUUGAGAUCAAAGAAAGUCUACUCAAUUGGCAGCAAAGAAGGCCUUUGGAGAGGUUGCCGUUAGACCCAUUUAACCAAUUGGCUGUGAUCAUUCAUCGUGCCCUUCUUUUAUACCAUUGCUGGAAUUUCACCUUCUAUUCAUGCUGGAUGACACGGGUAAUUCCUCAGCUUGAGCAGAGUGAGGUCUGCAAACAUGUCGCCACAAUUUUGGAUCUGUCUCAAAGCCUUCUGUCGGAUACUUUUAUUCCGGGACUUCUCAUAUUGUUUCCACUGCGAAUGGCUGGAGUCCACACAAGCGAGAGUCGCGUGCAGCAAAAGGUGCUGGACACUAUUCGCAACAUACAAAACAAGGGCUUUAUGGCUUCAAAUAGAAUCGAGGCCGAUUUGCAGGAAUUUUGGCGCUACGAAAGCAAGUGA